AUGGGAGACUUCAAUCUACCUGGGGUAGACUGGAGCGUCUGGAACAUCGGAAACCAUUACGAAGCAGCAGUGCUGGAACUACUAGACAGACACUCUUUUCCGCAACUUGUGAAUUUUCCCACAUCAGCUGCCAACUCGAACGUCUAUGAUCUAGUGUUCACUGACUCAAGUCCAUUGAUUUCGAACCUGGUUGCAGAUAGGAAGUUUUGGAAUCUAUAUUCCGUCGAAAAUCGUCCGUGCUCCAAUCACUUGCCGGUCUCAUUUGAAAUAAUGGGAGAAGCUGUCAGCGGUGAGAACUCUCAAAAAAGACUCAGUUUUUGCAAUGCCGACUAUGAAGGCCUGAAUAAGUCCAUACUCGAAAGUCCUUUUAUCGGCAAUUGCUGGUCCAAACCGAAUGUUCUUUUAUGUGAAUGGUACGAUUGGCUCUUCAAACUCACUCAGGAGCACGUACCAGUAAAAACUAAACACAGACUAAACGUGCCCCCCUGGACCACAUCUGCCACAUCGCAUAAAAUGAAGAAGCUGAAGACCAUGAAAAAGAGACAACUCCGGAACAACAAUGUGCCAGAUAAAAUAUCAAACUUAGAACAAGAUAUUCAUGAUUCUCUUGUGGAAGACCAAGCUGAAUAUGAAACCUUGUUAGCUGAUACAAGAUCAGUUUCCCGUUUGUUCAAGUAUUUCAGUAGUCUGAGGCAAGCAAAUCCUCUGCCUAAAACAUUUCGACAUGGGGACUGCAUUGCGGAAACUCCUCGAAAACAGUCAUUCCUUUUCAAUAACUACUUUCAGAGUGUGUACACACUGGACGACUCCCACAAUACUACUUGUGUUAUAGAAAACUCCGACCGAGUAUGCGAUUUUGACACAUCAGGAGCUUCUGUAGUAAAAAUCCUGGGGCGUAUUAACGUUACUAAGUCAAGAGGUCCCGAUGAUAUUCCUCCGGCUUUCUAUCGCAAUGUACCUAACAUUGCCAAAUCACUCAGUGAUAUCUUCCGGAAAGUGAAAGAAACUGGUAUCUUCCCGGAACGCUGGAAAAUUGGUAAACUCAAGCCACUAUUCAAAAAAGGAAAUAGGAUGCUCGUGGAAAAUUACCGGCCAGGAAUGCUUUUGGAUAUAGCCCCGAAAGUUUUGGAACGUUGCAUUUUCAGUAGUUUGUACCCUUCUGUGUCCAAACUUCUACCGAAAUGCCAGUACGGAUUCAGAGCUAAACGAUCCACCUGUCUACAACUGCUAGAGUAUUUGAACGAAGUCUACAAAGGCGUGGACCAACCUGAUACAGUUGUGGAAGCGGUGUAUUUAGACUUUAGCAAAGCUUUUGAUACCAUAUCGCACCGCAUUUUGUUGGACAAACUCAAAGCCAUUGGUCAAACAAGAAGUCCCUGGAAAGUGUUCAGCGGCGAGUCACCCAGUGGAUACUAUCAUAUCAAACUGAAAGUUAUUUCGAAAGAAUGA